AUGGGAGAGCCAAGACAUUGCAAGCUAUGGCUCCUUGUGCUGGCGUUGGCGCCGUGGUUUCAGGCCUCGACGGGCGCAACGACGUUCACCAUAUCGAACUACUGCGCCUACACCAUCUGGCCGGGGACACUGUCCACGAUGGGGUUCGAGCUCGCACCGGGGCAGACGGUGCGGCUGGCCGCAUCGGCAGGGUGGUCGGGGCGGAUGUGGGCGCGCACAGGGUGCGUGUUCGACGCGGCCGGCGCAGGGAUCUGCCAGACAGGCGACUGCGGCGGGCGGAUGGAGUGCCGCGGCGCUGGCGCCACGCCGCCGGCUACGCUCUUCGAGGUCAUGCUGGGGAAGGCCGGUGGCGAGGACUUCUACGACAUUAGCCUCGUCGACGGGUACAACCUCCCCGUCGUUGCCAUCCCGCGAGCGCUGCGGGGACAGGGCACGUGCAAUGCCACCGGCUGCAUGGCCGACCUCAACCGGUCGUGCCCGAAGGAGCUGCAGGUGGACUGCGGCGCCGGCGCGAUCAUGUGCCGGAGCGCGUGCGAGGCGUUCGGGCAGGAUAGCUACUGCUGCAGCGGCGCCUACGGCACGCCGGCAGCGUGCCGCCCGACUGCCUAUUCGUCUAUCUUCAAGACGGCGUGCCCGCGCGCGUACAGCUACGCCUACGACGACAGCACCAGCACCUUCACCUGCAACGCCAACGACUACAACAUCGCCUCUCGCACUCCCGACAUCCGGGUCGGUUCAUCAAACCCGCCAUGGCAAACAUACACAUGUGACAUGUACAAACGUGUAGUUGACAGCCUUGCGACUGGUUUCCGCUGCAGGAUAAAGGAGUCGGACGCCGUCUUCCUCGGAGCGCAGAUUGACGGUGUCAAUGCGGGGCCGUUGUACGCGAACGGUGGCCAGAGCACUGGCGAUGACAGCGCGCCGCCGGCGCACGGCAACGGUGGCGCGGGUGCUUAUCUACCACCGACUGACGACAACUACCGUGGUAGCGCAGGCCUUACAAACCACCGGUUUACAACUACGGCCGUGGAGGCGCUCAUGUACCGCCGGCGAUGA